AUGCCUCGCCUUCUCCAGGUGCUUCAGCUUACUGGGAUCAUUCUCGCCCCAGGAGUAUGGGGUGCGAGCCUGAUCGCAUCACAUUUCGCCGGCGGCAUCUACACUUUGUCGCUGACCACAAGUAGUAACACUACCGGCACGCUCUCCGUCACAUCUCAGACUAGCGGAUGCGGAACCACGCCGGGCUGGAUCGAGCUCUAUGCGGACUCGCGCAAGCUCUACUGCUUCGACGAGUCGUGGACAGGCCGUGGCGUUAUUGCUGAGUACGGCGUUGCAACCGACGGCAGGCUUACGUUGACGGGCCAGGUGCGGACGACAGGCAAUAGCGUCCACGGGCUGUUGUACGGUGGCGCAGAUGGCAGGGGAUUCGUAGCCACGGCCGAGUAUUCGCCGUCCACGGUAACCACGUACAAGAUGCCCCUGACGGCCAGCGCAGUGCUUCAGCUGGAGAAGUUUACCAUGGCGCAACGCGGUCCGAAUCCACGCCAGGACGUGCCCCAUCCUCACGAGGUCCAUCUCGACCCGACAGGAAAAUUCAUUCUCGUGCCGGAUCUCGGCGCCGACCUGAUCCGCAUCUUCAAGAUCGACGCCAGCAGCGGCAGGCUGAGCUUGUGCUCCGAAGCCAAGACUGGCGCGGGAGACGGACCGCGGCAUAUCAAAUUCUGGAAGUCCUCCGCGGGCCUGCAAAAGGCCUACACGCUCAACGAGCUCGGCAACUCCGUCUCAGCGUGGGACGUCGCCUACCCGAGCAACUCGUCCAGCUCAGGCUGCCUGACCCUGUCCAAGACGCAAACCCUAUCGACGUAUGCCGCUGGAAAGACGGGCGGGCCGAUGACCAAGGCCGCCGAGAUCCGGGUGGUGGGCAACUUCUUGUACGCCUCCAACAGGGCCGAUCAGACGUUUGGCGCGCAGCAGGAUUCGAUCGCCACGUACACCAUUGAUCCCAGCACAGGCGUCAUCGCAUGGCUUGAGGCGGCCAACUCGUACUCGUACUACCCCCGGACAUUCCAGUUCAACAAGGACGGCACCCUUGUGGCGGUCGGCGGUCAGACGUCCUCCAACGUUGCCAUCAUCGCCCGGGACCCGGCUACGGGAAAGCUUGGAAACCUCGUGGCUAACAUUCAGGUGGGCCAGAAGGGCCGGGCUGGGGAGGAGGAUGGGCUCAGCGGUGUUGUGUGGGUUGAGUAA